AUGGACUUAGGCCAUGACUUCUUCCUCAUAAAAUUCUCUCAAGAACGGAAUUUGCUUCACGCUUUUCACGAUGGGCCUUGGUUUGUCUACAACAACUUUGUCUCUGUGCAGAGGUGGGAACCAAAAUUCGUUGCAUCCCAAGCACCUGUUGCCUACACUGUCAUUUGGGUUCGUUUGCCUGAGCUUCGGACAGAAUAUUAUGAUGCUGAAAUUCUUCACAGGAUAGGUGGAAAGAUAGGUACACUCUUGAAAGUAGACAACUGCACAUCCACCAAUUCACGCGGCAGAUAUGCUCGCCUUUAUGUUCAAGUGCCCCUUGAUCAGCCAUUGCUUCACCACCUAUUCAUUGGAACACACAAACAAGUGAUUCUCUAUGAAGCAUUGUCUCUACUCUGCACAAAUUGUGGUCGGCUCGGACACACAUCCCACUGCCCGCACACACCCCUUAACAAACCUGCUGCAUCAGCUGCUGUGAUGCAGAACAAUGUACAGGAUGGCGAACCAAUACCUACAAGUCCACCACAAAGUCUUGAACAAAAUUGUGAAAAGCAAGAAGGCUGA